AGGAGUUUGUAUUUUUUCGUAGGAGGUUCAGACGUCAGGAAGUAUUGAAGAUAUAAUAAGGAAGCAUGUGUUUUACAUAGGAGGUUCGUACAGUAAUAAGCUGGCGGAAGACCAGCUGUUUUGAUAUACAUUCGAACAGGAAGUUAUUUUGCUGUCGUGAGUGUAAUCAUGGCGGAAGGAUGGCGUGAACAUUUAGAAAAUAUCAACAAGAAUUGUAUCAGUAGACUUCAGGAGUAUGCUGCCAAGAGAGGUUUAGAGGUUCGAUAUGAAACGUAUCCUAGUCAGGGAGGAUUUGGAUGUAAAGUGUAUUUUGAAAAGUUGAUUGCAAGUGGAACAGGAAAUAGGAAAAAAGAAGCAGAGGAGGCGAAAGCGGACCGGGCUCUCCGGUCCCUUUACAAAAACAGUGGAACAAAUCAGCCGCAGUCUAAUCAGCCACCAUCGAACUCUCCUCCAGAGAUCAUAUAUAGCAGGCAGAGCGCGUCUGCUAGUGAUUCUGAUGGGGCAGAAACUGAUGCACAUAGUUCGACUCUUAGCGACGUGACGGUUCUAAGAUAUGCACCUGUUAGUACAUUUGAAAGUUAUCGAAGUUCAUUAGUGUCAGCAUGGGAUGAAGUUGUUCAGAGAAGCAAUUCCAAGUAUGUCUCUACGGGAUCCGGAGGUAAACAUCCCGUCAGUGCAUUCAUGGAAAACGCACAAGCGAAUGGAGAAGUUGGAAGAAUUGAAGAAGAAUUUAAAUGUGGUCCUUCUCAUUGCCCAACGCAUGUAUGUUUUUAAAAAAAAAUAA